AUGAAAUCGAAACUCAAAUCGGAAAGAAAAUUUUCGCGGUUACUACUCAGCCAAACAUUGCUCACCGCUGCUAGUGCGUACGCAUCCUCUAUCAGCCCAGCAACAGGUAGAUCGGGUGAUUAUGAAUCUCAGGGCGCUAUCUGGGCCAUGAAAUUUAGCAAGGAUGGCAGAUACUUGGCUACAGGAGGUCAAAGUUGUGUAUUGCGUGUAUGGAAAGUCCUUGAUGCGCCGUAUGAGGAAGAUAGCAAGAAGAAAGAUACGAUGAAGGUAUUUGAGGAGAAGCCUGCACAGGAAUACCAUGGGCAUGUUGCCGAUAUCCUUGAUAUAAGCUGGUCAAAGAACAACUUUUUAUUGUCAAGUUCAAUGGAUAAAACCGUACGAUUAUGGCAUAUUAGCAGACAAGAAUGUCUCUGCGUAUUUCGUCAUCUGGAUUUCGUGACAGGAAUUGCGUUCCAUCCAUCCGAUGAUCGCUUUUUUCUCUCUGGAUCUCUGGAUUGUAAAUUGCGGCUGUGGAGCAUCCCGGAAAAGAGAGUCGCAUUCUGGAAUGAAGUUCCUGACGGUAACAUGAUUACAGCCGUCGGAUUCACUCUGGACGGUCGUACUGCAUGUGCGGGAUCACAUGUGGGAGAAGUUUUUUUCUACGAUACCAAAGAACUCAAGUAUAACACUCAAAUUACCAUCAAGAAACGAAAUCAGAAAAAAGGCCGUAAAAUCACCGGUAUUGAGGCGAUGCCAGGGAUGCCACCAGGCGAAGAAAAACUUUUGAUUACCAGCAACGAUUCUCACGUUUUUAGCGAUGAUGGCAGUUACAUUGUGUCUGGUUCCGAAGAUUGCGAUGUAUAUUUAUGGAACACCGAACAAGAAAAUCUGUCACCCUUCUAUUACUUACAAGAGGGACAUUCAAAAACGAUUGCUGGUGUAAGCCAGCUUACUGAACAGAUGUUAGCAAUGUACCAUUCCGACGAUAAUCGAGGAAGCAGCAAACGUCGUGGUGGGUGGCUCCGAAAUGGUAGUGGCGAUAAUCACGUCCGUAACCGGAGUGAGCAUUUUGAAGCCCAUCAACAAGUCGUGACGAGCACUGUGUUUGCUCCCAUGCGGACUCGACAAUUACUAGGCAGGACCGGCACUGAUAUCAUUUACAACUAUACCCCUGUUUAUACCUCGAUCGACAAACCUGUAAACGACCGUCAGGACAGCGAGCACGUCAUGCGUACCUCUUUUUCAACAAGUAGCCAGCUUCAUGGAUCCAUGAUGAAGGAAUUCGAGGAGGCUGAUCUUGAGGCAAGACGAAAAUACAGCUAUUCAGAAGGUCAAAUCAUUGUGUCGGCCGAUUUCCAUGGUUGUCUCAAGGUAUGGCGCAUGGAUUGCGGCGUAUAUCCCACGAAGCGAAAUAGCAUGGACGCCAUCUCUCUCGGUAGUAAAAAUCCACUGAUGACCAUGUCCAGCAUACAUUCCAAUCACAGCGUGGACGGUGAUCACAAACCAGCCUCUGUAAAAAGCCAACGACAGCUCUUUGGCAUUUUUUCAUCCACUAAAAAAUAG